AUCUCUCUCUUUCUUUCUCUCUCUUUCUCUGCAUUUGUGCAGUGUAUCUUCAUUCUUUUUGACUUUUCUGAUUCCACGUUUUAUCCGCAGAGAGCUUCCUUAUCGAAUGAACAAAAACCCCAGGACACCAAACACCAGCCCGCACGAAACUGUGACCCCUCUCCCCCUUCUCCCUCAAGAAAAAAUAAAAGAUAAAGACUUUCCAGUUGUUCUCUUUUCUUGGGUCCUUCUCUCUCUCUCUCUACACCUCUGUUCUCCAAAUCCCACCAUUUUUACCUCACCAGUUUUGAACCUAACACGCCCCCUCUCUCUCUCUCUCUGAAAUCUUGAGCGGUGUAAAGGAGCGUUCUUUACUCUACAGUUUCUUCAUGCUUCAUCUGCUGGAGGGUGCAAAUUUGUGCAGCGAAACCUCUCGCCCGACAAGCGCUGUGGAAAAGUUUGAAUCUUCUUCUUCUUCGUCGUCUUCUUCUUCGGUGGGUGAUCUGACGCUCUCAUCUCUCACUGAAUUCAGGGUCAUCUGAAACGAGUCGUGCAUUUGAGAUUAAGCCCUUGAAGGACUUGCAUUUCAGUGCCCGCUUGAGUGCAAAGUUCAUGAAAGAACCCUCUGGGGAAUAUUAUAAUACCUGAAAUGUCCCCCGCAUUUCAAGUUCCUUGGCAAAGAUCGAUCAGUUCCUUAUUAUCUACAAUACAUGUGGAAUCUGCCAGAACUUUGAGGCUACAUCAGUUUACCCCAUUGAGAAGCAAGCCUCCUUGAGGACUUCCAAAAUGCUGGUAUUUUUAGAGGAUUCUUCAAGAAGGGUUUAAGUUCUGCACCAGUUCAACUUCUUGAGGAGGGAAUAACGCCGAUAUAUUCACUAUGAUGCUGUCGAGAUCUUGCAUAAGUUUAUUGGACUUGGCAUCUGGGGACAUGAUGAAUUUUCCUCAUACUCCAAGGAACCUUCCGAGAGUGAUAACCGUACCGGGAAUUAUUUCUGACAUUGAAGACGAAAGCACUAGCAGCGAGUUAAAUAUAUCAUUGUCCAAGCCUCAGGAAAAGAUAAUAAUAGUUGCCAACUUUCUGCCCCUAAAUUGUCAGAAGGACUUGGAAUCUGGCAAAUUGCAUUUUAGUUUGGAUGAAGACUCGCUUUAUUUACAAAUGAAGGAUGGAUUCUCAGCCAAGGCUAAUGUGAUUUACAUUGGAUCCUUAAAGAUAGAUGUAGAGUUGAGCAAGCAAGAUGAAAUUGCGCAGGAGUUGUUGGAGAAGUUCAAUUGUGUUCCCACGUUUCUGUCUCCGGAGAUUCAGAAGAGAUAUUAUCAUGGAUUCUGCAAGCAGCACUUGUGGCCUCUUUUCCAUUACAUGCUUCCCAUGUGCCCUGAGCUUGGCAAUCGUUUCGACAGAGUGCUUUGGUCGGCCUAUGUUUCCGCUAAUAAAGUAUUUGCAGAUAAGGUCAUGGAGGUGAUAAAUCCGGAAGAGGACUAUGUGUGGGUUCAAGACUAUCACCUCAUGGUUUUGCCGACUAUUCUGAGGAGACGGUUCAAUCGGGUUAAGCUGGGGUUCUUUCUUCACAGCCCAUUCCCUUCGUCAGAAAUCUACCGGACUCUGCCUGUCAGAGAUGAAAUACUGAAAGCGCUCCUAAAUGCAGAUCUGAUUGGAUUCCAUACAUUUGAUUACGCCCGUCAUUUUCUUUCUUGCUGCAGUAGAAUGUUGGGGUUAAACUAUGAGUCCAAGCGAGGUUACAUCGGACUUGAAUAUCUGGGUCGGACGAUCUACAUUAAGAUUUUGCCCGUUGGUGUGCACAUGGGAAGGCUAAAAUCCGCGUUGAACCACUGCUCUUCUGCUGCCAAAGCCAUUGAAAUUCAGAAACAGUUUCAGGGUAAAAGGAUUAUACUAGGGGUCGAUGACAUGGACAUCUUUAAAGGCAUUAGUCUAAAGUUACUCGCCCUCGAGCAACUCCUGAGACAGCGCCCAGAUUUGCAAGGACAAGUGGUGAUGGUUCAAAUUAUGAACCCUGCCAGGAGCACUGGGAAGGAUGUUCAAGAAGUGAAGAAAGAGGUCUACUCGACUACCAACAGGAUAAACGAAAUGUUUGGAUUCCCAGGCUACAAGCCAGUAAUUUUAAUCGACCAUCCCAUUUCUUUUUAUGAGAAGAGCGCCUAUUAUGCUUCAGCAGAAUGUUGCAUUGUGAAUGCUGUGAGAGAUGGAAUGAAUCUGAUCCCUUACAAGUACAUAGUCUGUAGGCAAGGGUCUCAAACAAUCGAUGAUGCUUUGGGGGUAGCUGCUGAGACCCCUCGGACUAGCAUGCUUGUUGUCUCGGAGUUCAUUGGCUGCUCACCUUCAUUAAGUGGGGCCAUCAGGGUUAAUCCAUGGGAUGUUGAUGCGGUUGCUGAUGCGCUCAACGUAGCCAUCACAACAUCUGCAAUUGAGAAGCAGCUUAGGCAUGAGAAGCAUUAUCGUUACAUCAGCUCCCAUGAUGUAGCAUAUUGGGCCCACAGCUUCAUGCAGGAUUUGGAGAGAUCAUGCAAAGAUCACUAUAGAAGGCGUUGCUGGGGCAUUGGUUUUGGCCUGAACUUCAGGAUCUUGUCUCUGUCUCCAAGCUUUAGGAAACUAUCUGUUGAAACUUUAGUCUCUUCUUAUAAGAGAACUAAUAGGAGAGCUAUAUUUCUGGAUUAUGAUGGAACGCUGGUCCCUCAAAUUUCCAUCAACAAGACCCCAAGUCCUCACGUCAUCUCCGUUCUGAAUGAUCUCUGCGAUGAUUCGAGCAACACUGUGUUCUUAGUUAGUGGCCGGGGCCGAGAUUCUUUGAGUGGCUGGUUUUCGCAAUGUGAGAAUUUGGGUAUAGCAGCCGAACAUGGAUAUUUCAUGAGGUGGAGCAGGGCAGCAACUUGGGAAACUGGUCGGUUGGAGGCUGAUUUCAAUUGGAAAAGGAUUGCUGAACCCGUAAUGACACUUUAUACCGAGACUACUGAUGGCUCCUACGUGGAGACUAAGGAGAGCGCUUUGGUGUGGCACUACCAGGACGCUGACCCUGAUUUCGGAUCCUUCCAGGCCAUGGAAUUAUUAGACCAUCUCGAGAAUGUUCUUUCGAAUGAGCCUGUAGUCGUGAAGAAGGGUCAGCAUAUUGUUGAAGUGAAGCCACAGGGAGUGACCAAGGGCUUAGUGGCGGAGAAAGUUCUUUCCACUCUGAACGAAGGCGGGAAAUUGCCAGAUUUCGUUUUGUGCAUUGGGGAUGAUAGAUCUGACGAGGACAUGUUUGAGAGCAUUACUACAAGCGUGGCUUGCAGUUCUUCAGCACCAGAGAUUUUCGCAUGCACCGUCGGUCAGAAGCCCAGUAAAGCUCGUUACUACCUAGACGACACGAUAGACGUUUUGACGUUGCUUCAAGGCAUGGCUGCUGCCUCAAAUUCAAAUCCCUCAUGCAGAAGAGAGAUCUAGCCACAUGAAUAAAGCUACACUUGACGCUCGGGAUGCGAUGACAAGAUUUUUCUCAACACAACCACACGGAAUCGGAUAGCGGGAGGGCGAGGCAGCCAUAUGAUCAGGUAGGCUUGCUUUUUUCUCCGGCUGGACGAAUCCUUAUUGUUGGUUGGUCGAGAAGGUUCAGGCAUGUCGUAGGGCCGACGCAUUCGCUCUGCACCUUUUUGCUGCAAAGCGAAACGGCUCGAGACCCUCUUGUUGCUCGCAUCUCGGGGGUUAUAAUUCUUUGUUGAAUACCGUUCUCCCUGUUUUCUCUUUUCACAUUUCACUGGGGGCUGGGUGGAAAAGCAUGGUUGUACAUAUUCUCUUGGCGGUGGAAUGCUCUGGUUGUAUACUCAGUUUACUGGUCAAAUGUUCGACACAGCUAAAGCCUGUACUGACAAUGGCAUCGAUAGUGAACUUGCUCUGCUGAAUUGCGAAUGGUCGACUUACACUCCGUCACCAUUCGUCGGAAGUUCGUAGUUGCAGAAAACUGCUGUUCUGCAGCACGAAGCAUGGAAUGGCCAUAUUUCUCAGUAAUAGUGCUCUUAAUCUGCACUUGCCAAAGCAGAGAGAAGACUUAAAAUGCAA